AGUAAACCAUGGCAUGGCAGCAGCCGCAGCCCGCAGCAGCGCAGUAGGCAGUCAGUAAUCAAUCACAGAAAUUAAAUUCGAUGUUCGAAUAUAAAAUAUAAAGUCUUAAUUUAAUCAAUUUCGAGUUUCCGGUUGGCGUGGGUAGUGACGUGAUUCGUGGAACAAUAAUAUUGUGUGAAAUAUCGGAAGCGGUUGGGUUGUGUACAAUAAUAUGGCUGAUAAUGGGACUAAUUUUCCCCCACAAACUUAUUCUUCAAUUUUCAAUCUGAAUGUUAUGCCCGCCCAGAAUGAAAAUGGGAUUAUUCGAACGGUAUCCUCGUCCACUUCAGAGAGCAAAGAAAAAGAAAAUGAUAGGCCUCGUGUGCUUGACUGUUUCUCAUCUUCGAGAUAAAAGGAACGCAUGGUCCUGUUAUUAUGGUAUCAGUUUGUAUUCUUGUUUCGUAGAGAAGAGUUGUUGUGUGUAGUACUUAGUAGUACUGGAUGGUACAAAAACUAACGUCGACCUUCAAGAUGGAUUCGAUUCGCUAUGCACUUAUCUUAGUAUUGAUAAUAUAUUACUCAAUGGAAAUAGAUGCUGCCAAUGCAAAUACCAACAUCACCAACAGUGUUUUGACUAGCCCAAAUGUCACUUCCUGUAAUUUGGAUACAAAAAACAGCUGGAAAACUAGAGAAUUUGCUACUUUAGUCGAAUACCAAGGAAACAGAAUAAGUUUCAACCCUAGUGAUAGUGACUUUUUAGGAAACAGAUUGAAUUUUUCUUUUCAAAGUAUCAGCCGUCUAAAUAAAAAUGCAUUUGUCAGCUAUACUUCGGAAUAUGUUUUUAGCUGUGAUUUAAGUGCCAAAUAUAUCAAACGAAUUGAUGAUGGAGCUUUUUUCUCAUUAUCGUGUUUACAAUUUUUAGACUUAAGCUACAAUAUGAUCACUAUAUUAAAUACAGACAUGUUUUUGGGUUUAAAUAAUUUAAAAUUAUUGAAUUUGAGAUAUAACCUCAUAAAUUAUUUGCCUGCAGAUGCAUUCAAUAAUAUGCCUAAAUUGGAAGCCUUGGAUAUUUCUCACAAUAAUAUAUCUGAAAUGCACAAGUUUACUUUUGAUAGAAUUCCUUAUCUAAAAAUUCUAGAUCUUUCUCACAACUUUAUGAAACAUAUUCAAUAUAUGUAUUUUAAUAACUUAGGAGAUUUAGAACAGUUAUAUUUAGAUCAUAAUGCCAUUGCUAUAAUACAUACAAAUUUAUUUAGUAAAAAUACUAAACUGAGAAAGCUUGAUUUAUCAGUGAAUGGCAUGGUUUUAUUAUAUAUUGUUAAAUACUCGUUUAAUCCAGAAACAUUUCAAGUAUUUAAUAUAUCCAAUAAUUAUUUAUUGGACCUUAAUCUAACUGAAUGGAUAGACGAAUUUUCAAAUUUCAAAACAAUAAUUGAUUUAAAUGAAAACCAAUUUUGUUGCAAGGAUUGGAAGUUUUAUAUUUGGAAUUUAAAAAAAUAUAAUAUAACAAUUGCUCCUGGGAGAAAUUUCACUGCCAAUCACAAUGUCAAUGGAAUACUUUGUGAUAAUUUAAAUUAUACUUUUCCUAAUGGGUAUAAGGAAAGCAUAGAGGCUUUACAUAGAGAUUUGGAUAAUGUUGCAAAUAGUACUCUUAGUGGUGAGGAGGAAGACAUUGAUCCUCAUAGAACAGAUCAGUUUGCUCGUAUGAAAAAUAUCAUACAUCAUGAAGAUGCCAAAGAAACUACUCAUUUAUCUUUCAAAUAUGUUUUCAUUGUUCUGGCAAUAAUAGGUAUAGGAUUUUGUGUAUUUCUAGCGAUAGAUUAUUUGCUUGGGGUAGGUUUGAGACAAAUGUUAACACAAAGAGUACAUAUUUGGCUCUCCAGGCCGUACAAUAAUGCAAAUAAUAUUAAUUCUCACUAUGUACAAUUGCAGCCAACAUCUUGAUGUUUCUGAUAAAUAUUAAUAAAAGGUAUCGACUGAUAUCAACGACAUGUAUUUGAAACUUUGUGAUAAAGAAUGCAUAUUGUGAUUGAAACCUCAACUAAAUUAAAUUAAAAAUGAAUUAAUUAAAAUUAGUUUUUCCUUCGACUGUGUGGUGACAAAAAAAAACAAGCCUGUGAUACAUGCGCAUACAUUAAUUUCUAUAUUUCUAAAACUUAUUCGUUACUUUAAUGGCGUUAUAAAACCAGAAAAAAAAACUUUGUACGAUUGUAGGAAUCGAUAAGAAAACCAAAUAAUAGAUACAUUUUUAGCUUUCUCAAAAUCCUAUAAGUACUGGAAACUGAAAUAUUUACAAACCUAACAAAUUGAAAAAACUACUAGAUACGAAAAACACACAAAAAAACGAACAUUUAAAUAUUGUAAGACUAAUAAUUAUGCACUUUUUAAUACAGAGUAAUUUGAACACCUAAAAUCAGGAUGCUCCAUGCAAACCUUCUUGUUAUAGGUACAUUUGACAUUUACGAUAGCAUUUACUGUCUAAUUUUUGUAGUUGGGUAGUAGUAGUAGUUAACCCUACAUAAAUAGCUACACGAAAGAUACUUUACUCACCAAACUAAACAGCCAUCUACUGUGUUAAACACGCGUAAUGAAUGUGAUAGUCCACCACACGGUUGAAGAGGGUUAGUCUAGGGUAAUUUUAUGGUUUCUUUGCACAAUUUUUAAAGCUACUUUGCUUCAUAUCGUUAGCUCUUUUCGUAAAAUUCAAAUUUCAAGAUGAAAAAUCAAUACCCAUCACAUCGUUGCUUUGAUGGAUUUUUUUUUAAAAAUAAACUAUGGUGAUAAUAAUUAUUAGCCAUCUGUAAAAUAUGAAAUGUGAUAUUCUAUGAUGCCAUUUUUUGUAGCUUGGGUAUGUAUUUUUGAAUUUUUAGAUUAAAUUAUUUUUGUAUGUUGUGUUAUUAUAACACCUAUUUAAAUUAAGAGAAUUUGUAUUUAUUGCUAGUUU